GCAAAUUCUUGUCCGUAGAAUGUUUUCGAAACAUACUCUCACGCGCCCUUCUUUUCUCGCACACACGCACAACAGAAAAGGGUUAAAGACCAAUCUAUCCCAGAAAGUCGUAGUAUCAAAUUCUGGUCCGAUGGGUACCGAACCGAGCACCCUAUAUUCGCUUACAUCAUAAGCUUACGUACAAUAUUCGUACACAGAUACAUUAUCUAAAGGUGUACUGGCGUACUAGGGUUGCAAAACACAGUUCAAUCGCCACUGAAAUUGUAAGCGAACCAGUUCUGAUUGAGAUUACUGUUCAAUUCCUCGACGAUCAAUUUCCCCCUUUUCCAGAAAUUUACCUUCGUCCCAUCUCUUGGGAGGACGCUUCCAAGUGACAUUGUUUCAUUUUCCCUUUACCCAAUGGGGGAUGCAGAAGAUAUCCCCCCUCCUUCAAGGAAGAGGGCUGCUGGAAGGGAACUAUCCAGAGAAAACCCAGGUCUUGAUGAUGAGGAUGAGGCUUGUGACCUAGAGACUGGCACUUUCAAGAGUGCAAGUGCUGAUGUGCUGGCAACUAGAAAAAUUGUCAAAGUUCGUCGUCAUCAAACAUCAUCAGCCCCUUCUUCAAAUCCUUUUGCAGGAAUCCGCUUGGUUCCUUCAGUGGGCUCCAGCUCUGCUGCAUCCAAAGCUACUAAUGAAGCAGACACAGAGAUAAUAGUUUCAGAAGAUGUGAAUAAGGAAACUGACAAGGCAGAAGAUGAUAAUGGUGAGGAGAAAUCUAAUACAGUUAAUGAGGGAAGCAAACCUGAAUUAUCAGAUGACAAGGCAACAGAAGAGGAUAAAACUGAGAAUGAAGACAGCAAAGAAACCAAUGGUGCCACUGCUGAGGAUGACGCCAAGAAAGAUAACGAUAAUGGAGACAUAGAAAAAGGUGCAGAAGGUGGGUCCUUGAGCUCUUUCCAUCAACUUUCAAGCAGUAAAAAUGCCUUCACAGGACUUUCUGGAACUGGGUUUUCCAGUUCUACCUUCUCAUUUGGGUUGAUUCCGAAAGAAGGAUCUCCGCUAGGUCCCGGUACCGGUUGUAGUUCUAGUUCCUUUUUUGGGCUUAAAACUGACCAACCUUCUAGUUUCAAUCUUUCCAAUAAUGGAAAUGCUUCCCUCUUUGGUACACCGGGGGCUUCUGUUAGUACUAAGAGCGAGGGAGGUGGACCUCUAUCCAUGCAGAAGGUUCAUGUCGAGACAGGUGAAGAGAAUGAGAAGUCUGUUUUUACAGCUGAUUCUGUGCUGUUUGAAUUUGCUGAAGGAGGUUGGAAGGAGAGAGGGAAGGGUGAACUCAAGGUCAACGUUUCCAUAAAUCGGACUGGGAAAGCAAGGCUUUUGAUGAGAACUAGAGGAAACUACAGGUUGAUUUUGAACGCGAGUCUUUACUCGGACAUGAAGCUUGCCAAUAUGGAUAAGAGAGGCAUCACAUUUGCGUGCAUGAACAGUGCCAGUGAAGGGAAGGAUACCCUUUCAACAUUUGCGUUGAAGUUUAAAGAUGCUUCCAUAGUUGAAGACUUCCGUGAAGCGGUCACUGAAUAUAAAGGCAAAACUGCUGCUGUUUUGAAGACACCAGAAAAUUCUCCUUAGGCAUCAGAUGAUCGAAAGUAAUAAGUAGUUUUGUGGUCAGAGACUCAGAGAUCUAUAUUCCCUUUGUAAUGUUACUUGUCUAGCUGUUUUCCUCCCAAGGAGAAGUGGGGGAAAUGUACUGGAGAAGCUUGUUUGGAGGUUUGGAAAUUUGUAAGGUCUGUUAAGCAGAGGUAAUAGAAUCCUGGGUUGGACAGCCUAUUUUAUAGCUCAAAAGACAUGGAAUGCUAAGAUGUCAAUUUUGAGUUUGAAAGUCAAAUUGCAACGAUGUUGAUUGAAUGUAUGAUUUGGCUUGCCUUCA